AUGAUCUACUUACCAACCAUCUCUAAUAAUAACAAACAUUUUAUCAUACACGAAUCUUCAUCUGUCGCAGUAGCAGACUAUCAUAUUCAUGAACCAUUACCCUACUGUGAUUUUGGUAUAUAUUGUAUAUGUGUACGCAAACGAAUCAGUGAUCCUUUUAGAAACGGAGAGAGAGAGUUAGAAGUUGUUUCUUCCAUGGCUUGCAGCUUUCCUGAUGUGUUUUGCUGGAUUCAGAAGCUUCCACCGACCUCAGAAUGGGAAACAAAUUCCAUGUCUCUAAACAUAUGUUCUUCAAGCUCUUGCCAACCAUGUCUGAAUCUUACCAUUCCCAAAAACCAACAUUCCUCAAAACUCUCCUUUGUCAUUAUUGCAGACUGUAACGUUCCUAUCCAUCUUUGGACCUCAAAACCUUUCAAGCAUGCAAGCUCCAAAACUACUAAGUUAAUAGAUGAAGAAACUAUUUCCAAUCUCUUUGUUAAUUUCAUCCAGGCCAUCCUUAUCUAUGGCUCCAACAAGAACACUUCCUUCCUCAGGUUUCCAAAACUUGACUCCACUCCCAACCUUUCAGACGUUUUCAAUCUUUCUUUCUUCACUCUCUUGUUCCUAGUUUGCAUAUACGAAGCUCCUGCUGCAGAUUUUCGUUCUGGGUGUAUUAGUAACCUAAAAGACCAUUUGACAGGUUUACAGUCAAGAAAAGCAUCAAAUAUGCUCAUGAAACUCUUAGGGUCUAACGUAGAAGAGUUGUGGAUGCGUUCUGUGAACCUUGCAGUCACUAACUGGGUUGGGGAACUCGAAGCACAUUACAACCCCUUCACAACACCGUGUCCUUUAUUUUCUUAUGCGCUUUCAGCAACUGGGUUAUGGAAAGUGCAGUUGUAUUGUCCCCUCAUAGUCAUGGAUGUUGAGAAUUCAAAAAGCAAUCCAGCUAGCGAGAAACUCCAAUUCUCCCUCAAAUAUCACCAUGUGGAAGGUGUUCUUCAAUUCAAUCACAAAGUCUUAAUCAAAGAGGAAUGGGUUGAAAUCAUGGUGGACGUUGACAACAUAAGGUGUGAUGUUAUAAAAUUGGUGAAUGAAUAUCUUAUGAAGGAACGAGGGGCUGAAUCUGAAAAACAUUUUCCUUCCAGAAUAUCUUUACAACUUACACCCACUGUCCAAGACCAAGUUUUGAGCCUAUCAGUUGGGAAAUCCUCGGAGAACCCACGAAAAGAAUUUGGUGUUGACAAAAGUGUAGAAGCGUCGUUUGAGCCAUCCGUUCCCUUGGGACUCAAGGUGUCAGCUGGAGAGUCCACAACAGUGAGUUUGAAGCCUUGGAAAUUUGAAGAAUCUGUUUAUGGCUACACUGCAAAUUUGAAUUGGUUUCUUCAUGAUAGUGUGGAUGGCAAAGAGGUUUUCUCAUCAAAGCCUUCGAAGUUUGCUAUGAUUAACCCAAAGUCAUGGUUCAAAAAUCGAUACUCAAGUGCUUAUCGACCUUUCACCAGGCAAGGGGGAGUUAUCUUCGCAGGUGAUGAAUAUGGAGAAAAAGUGUGGUGGAAAGUGGACAAAGGAGCCAUAGGAAAAACAAUAGAAUGGGAGAUAAGGGGUUGGAUAUGGUUAACAUAUUGGCCUAACAAACGAAUAACGUUCUACACCGAAACUAGGAGGUUCGAGUUUCGAGAAAUAUUAUAUCUUCAUGUUGCUUAG